AUGUUUUCCGUCGCCGAUAGUUACAAGCCCCAACUCCAAAACUUUCUAGCCACAUCUCAAAAUGGUAACAAGUGUGGUGAAUGUGGUUCUUUGAAUCCUGCAUGGUGUUCGACAACCUACACUGUUUUCUUAUGUACGAGAUGUGCAGCUAUCCAUAAGAAAUUGUUGAAUCAUGAUCCUUAUUUUUCAAUCAUUAAAUCCAUUCAAUUGGAUCAUUGGAAUAAUGAUGAAUUACAACGAUUCCUAUCUUCAGGUGGUAAUAGACAUAAUAUGGAAUUUUGGAACCCUAAAAAUGUACAAAUCAAAUAUUAUGAUAAGGAUGAUGAUUUGAAAUGUGAAGAUUUCAUCAAGAAUAAAUAUAUUUUGAAGAAAUUCAAAUAUGAACAGGAAAAGGAGGAUAGAAGAAGAUUUACACCAUCCUCAUUAAGGAUGAAAAGAGGUAACUAUAUACCGAAAUUAUGUAAGAAUCGAAUGGCAAGAGAUUAUGAGUUGAGUAAAUAUUCGAGAGAGUUAAGAAGAUUGCAGAAUAUGGGGUUUCGUGAUAUCGAUAUUAACACUGAAGCCUUGGUACUCGCAAGAGGCGAUUUAAACGGAGCAAUCGAUAUAUUGACACAAGAUAACGGAGACGAGUUAGAAAUGGCGCCAGCUCUACCGUCUAGACCUGUUGCAGCUAAUGUGCCUAAACCAGCUGUCUUUGAUGGAACCGGUAUCUUACAAGAUGCUACUGUUGUAGAAAAUAGUACUCCAAGGCCGGCCAUCUUUGAUGGAAGUACGGAAUUGGGAGGACAGCCAAUUCAAUUAGACCAACUAAACCAACCGAGACCUGCGGUGUUUGAUGGAUUUUCAAAUAGUGCCCCUACUCUUCAAACAGAAACGCUACCUACAAAUGCAUUACUGCCAGAACAGACAAUGCCUCAAUAUUCCCAAGCGUAUACCAACAUGAAUCAACCUCCUCAAAAUGCAUAUCCACAGUAUCAGCAACUUGCACCAUUACAAAAUCAAAUGCAACAAAGUCCCUCCAUGAAUACAAUGAAUACAAUGAAUACAAUGAAUACAAUGAAUAAUAUGCAAAUACCAUCUGGCAGUGGAUACCAAAUACCACCAGCGCAAAAUAAUAUGCAAAAUUUGCCAAAUGGUUACAUUCCACAGCAGCAACCACCACAACCACAGCAGCAAAACUUCUAUAACUAUAAUUCAAAUCCAUAUAUGUAA